ACUAUACAGAGGAUACAUAACAUUAUUCUAUUGGUUGCAGGACAUGUUUUUCUUUUAAGAUCAACUCCCUUGUAGUGGGGUUCGUUUUAUCAGAUCUGUUUAUGGAUUAGAAACUGGAAAAAAAAAACUCAAAGAAGAUUCUCCAGUUGUGUAUCAUUUUAUGUGUUUGUGUCCCAUAAAGUCAUUAGUGAUUACUAUGUUAAUUAGGCACUUUUCAAAGUUUUUAAAUGGUUUCUAAUGUCUUAGAUGAGUUUAAAUGAGCGACAUGGACAGUGAGGAUUCAUAUAGCCAAACCCAACUUGCUUGUAAUUGAGACACACUUGUAUUUGUUGUUACGAUGAUGGUUCCUAAUGUCAUUUUCUAUGUGUAUUUUAGUGUCAUUUUCGUAGGGAUGAUGUUGUCCCAAAGUGUUCUUGUUAUAUAGUAUAAGCAGAAGAGUAGAAAUGAAGUAAAGGAAAAAGAAUGGGAUAGAUAUAGCUACAUAAUGACCAUUAUUUUUAAAACUUUCUUUGCAUUUUUCUCUCUUUUUCUGUUUUGGCUUCUUUCUCUUGUAUUUUAAGUUUGGUUGGUGGUAGUGGAGGUUGUUUAAUUUCUAUAUGGAGUUCCUUUGAAGGGAUGGUGUGUCUUACUUAGUUUGGUUCUAAUUUGGAUGUGGUUGUUUAAUUUCUAUAUGGAGUUCAUUUGAAGGGAUGGUGUGUUUAGGGAUGGUGUUUCUGAGAGGAGAUUAAUAUGCAGACACCAAAAUCCAGGAAUGUUACGGUGGAGGUGCCACAAAGGACGUCUCCUACAGCUCCAAAGACAGCCCGAAAGCUCAAAACUCCAGGGUCAGAUGCUCCUACCAGGACACCAAAAGAAAGGAGUCCCAAAGUUGUUGUUCGUCGUUCUCCACGAAGUCCAGCAUUAGAGAAGAAGAAUCCAACCAGAGAUUCUGACUUGGAAACUCAGUUUGCUCAACUUCAAGAAGAGCUGAAGAAGGUAAAGGAUCAGCUCAAUUCAUCCGAAUCAUUAAAGAGACGGGCUCAACUAGAGGCUGAGGAAGCUAAGAAGCAGCUAAAAGCCAUGUCAGAUCAGCUUGAGGAGUCCGAGAAACAACUACUCGAACUCUCAGAUUCUGAAGAAGCUCGGAUCCUGGAGCUACGCAAGCUCUCACAGGAUCGAGAUCGAGCAUGGGAAUCCGAACUUGAGGCUGUCCAAAAGCAGAAUGAAUUCAACUCUGCUGCCUUGGCUUCUGCAAUGAAUGAAAUCCAGAAGCUUAAAAUUCAGCUGGAUAGAGUGGCUGAUUCUGAAGCCAAACAAGCUCGCCAUGCUGAAUCAGCUAAUGCGGAGAUUCAAAGCCUAAGGGGAGAACUAAUGGAAACGCUUACUUUGGUCGAACAAAUGAAAAACCAGCUAAACGAUAGCAAAGAAUCCGAGGCUUGCGCACUUGAAGAAGUGAGUAAAGCACAGAUGCAGCUGGAAGCGGCGAAGAUGACCGAGGAUACUCUACGUUCUGAAGGUCUGAAAGCAAUGGAGGCUUGCAGGUCCUUGUCGUUGGAGCUAGAACAAUCUAUCAAUCGAGUAGCUACAUUGGAGGAACUUGUCAGCGAACUCCAAAGCGCUCAUCAAGGUAUUGAAAACACGAAAGAAAAUGGAGCUAAUUUGGAAGCCGAGGAACUCAAAACUGAGCUUAGUAAUCUACAAGUUGAGGUAAGUCAACUAAGAGCUGCAUUGGAGGUUUCAGAGACAAGAUAUCAGGAAGAAUAUAUCCAGAGCACUUUGCAGAUUAGAAGUGCUUAUGAGCUAGUUGAACAAUCAAAAUCUGAAUCAAUUCGAAAAGAGGCUGAAUGGAAGGCAAAGUUAGACGCUGCAAAAGUCGAUCUGGAAGAGUUAAAGGAGAAAUUAAUGAGCAAAGAAGCUACGCUACGGAACAUUUCAGACGAAAAUAAGGAUGCUAUAGUUGUAGUGAGGGAAUCAGAGUCAACUUUGGCAGAUAUGAGGGCGCGUUUAUUCGACAAAGAGAUGGAGCUGCAGAAUAUUAAGGAGGAAAACGAGACGCUGAAGUCAGAAAUGAAGAUGAGGGAAACCGAGGGUUGCAAAGUGAACGAUGAAACUCUUGCCUUGGCAGAGGCCGCAAGAAUUGCAGAAAAAGAGGCCUUGAUGAAGUUAGGUCAUUUGACUGAGGAAGCGGAUAAUAGUAUCAGAAAGGCAGCACGUGUCACUGAGCAAUUGGAUGCAGCACAGAAUGCCAACUCGGAGAUGGAAGCGGAAUUGAGGAGGUUAAAAGUGCAAUCGGAUCAAUGGAGGAAAGCUGCUGAGGCAGCUGCAGCUAUACUUUCAUCAGGAAACAACGGGAAAUAUGUGGAUUCUCCAUUAUCUGAAGAUACAGAUGAUGACUCGCCCAAGAAGAAGAAUGGCAACAUGUUGAAAAAGAUUGGUGUUUUAUUGAAAAAAGGCCAGAAGUAGAAGCAUAUCUUUGCAGGUUGCUUUUGAAUAAUCACUGUUUGAUUUGUCUGAUAAUAAUAGUCUAGUUUACAUUUCCAGUUUUUUGUUAAUAAAUUUUACUACACACCUUAUGAAUCUUGUAGAAGAUUUUUGUAUAGCUAUUUGAAAUUAAGAACACUGUAUGAUCUCAAUCGCCAAUACUCGUUGGUUCCGUGAGGAGAUAUUAAGUGUUGUAAUUUCUUUUGGUUACAAUUUUCAGUUUUUAUGGUA